ACUGACUAAGAAGAAGAAGAACCUUCAACCUCAGAAAGGUAAAGAUGGCCACGGUGAUAAGACGGUGUGUCUCGUGCAGCUCCAUUAAAAGGACACUUUUAUGCAUCAACAGGAGAGCGAAUCCAUUUCGCGUAACUACGAUCCGGGCAUUAAGCUCAGAUCUUGGUGAGGAAAGGCCAAAUUUCCCAGGUUCUCGUUCAAAAUGGACAGAAACACUCGAGUUUGUCCAGCCAGACUUGUACGACGGCAUCCCAGUCUAUCGUGUCAUGAACCGCAAAGGGGAAGUCAUUGAUCCAUCCUAUGACCCAAAGCUUGGUGAAGAAAAGUGUGUUAAGAUGUACCAACGCAUGACGCUACUGAACACCAUGGAUCGUAUUAUGUACGAAUCUCAGAGGCAAGGUCGUAUCUCAUUCUACAUGACUAACUAUGGAGAGGAAGGUACGCACAUUGGUUCAGCUGCAGCUUUGGACGAAGAGGAUUUGGUUUAUGGUCAAUAUCGGGAGGCUGGAGUGUUGAUGUGGAGAGGAUUUCCGUUGGAUCGUUUCAUGAAUCAGUGCUAUGGUAAUGAAGGGGAUCAAGGUAAAGGUCGACAAAUGCCGGUACAUUAUGGUUCUUUAGAGCACAAUUUCGUCACAAUCUCCUCUCCUCUGGCUACGCAGAUGCCACAAGCUGUGGGGACUGCGUAUGCCUUCAAGAGAGCACAAAAUGGAUUAUGCGUCAUUUGUUACUUUGGAGAAGGGACCUCGAGUGAAGGUGAUGCACACGCAGCUUUCAAUUUCUCUGCAACACUGGAAUGCCCCAUAAUAUUUUUCUGCCGAAACAAUGGAUAUGCAAUCUCCACACCUACAAGUGAACAGUACAGAGGAGAUGGAGUUGCCUGCCGUGGCCCUGCGUAUGGAAUCGCUACUAUUCGAGUUGAUGGAAAUGAUGUCUUUGCUGUUUACAAUGCCACGAAAGCUGCACGCCACCUAGUUACAACUGAAAAUCGUCCAGUUCUUAUUGAAGCUAUGACCUACAGGAUUGGCCAUCACAGCACUUCUGAUGACAGUUCAGCAUACCGCUCAGUUGAUGAAGUCAGACACUGGGAUUCUACCCAGCACCCCAUUGCCCGUCUCCGCGCCUAUAUGAUUCAUCAUGGUUGGUGGGAUGAAGGAAAGGAGAAACAGUGGAAGGAUGACUGCAAACGUCAGGUGAUGCAGGCAUUUGCCCGAGCAGAAAGAAGAUUAAAGCCUUCGUGGAAAGCUAUGUUCACUGAUGUCUAUGAUGAGUUGCCAGAUAAUUUGAGAGAGCAGUGUGAAUACAUGGAAUCUCACGUUCAAGAAUACGAAGACCAUUAUCCUGUUAAAAAUUUUGCCAAAGAGGGAUAAGAUUUGUACAACUAGAGUGUUAUAUUUUUUUCCUGAAAGGAACUGUAGGAACUUGUAGACAAAUUGUAGCUUUGUAAAACAUAGCCAUGAAAUUUUGUACAUUCUUAUGGAUACUAUUGUUUAGUUGUUAAUGGUAGUGCAUUAGGACAACUCUUUUGCAGGGAUAAUUAAUAUAGAAUUGAGAAUUUUGGAUGUUGUAUAUCAUUUGGUUUAGUAAUCUCAGUGGGGUUUUUUUUAGUAUGUAGAAAAGGAUACAUUAGUAUUGUAAGGUAUGUGAUGUGUUGGCUAUGAAAUUUUGAAAUAAUGGCAUGAGAGCUCUUCCACUUUAUAAUCCAAAUCAGUUAAUGAAGAUGCUUGCUAAAAAUUUUACUUUUUCCUGGGUAUUUUUAUCCAGAAGAGAUAUGUGAUAUUGAUGUGGAAAGAAAAUUUUGUGUAAAUAUGUUCUAACAUUGUAUUUAUCAACUGUUAUUGAAGAUUCGCUGACUAAAUUAUUAUUAUUAAAGCAGAAAUGUUGGGAGUGCCAUAAUAGGGUUUGGUAGGAUAUUCCAUAGGCAAAGUAACUAGGCAUUAAGAAUUAGUUAUAAAAUCCUUAAUCCUAUUAGAACUUUAUUGAAAAAAAUAACACGUUUUCUUCAUUCCAUGGGAAAAUAAAAGUAAACAUUCAUAUUUCAAUGUAAAGACCGUUAGCGUCGAUCAGUUCCUUCAAACGGCAAGGGAUAGAAUGAUAAACCUUCUGAAGGAUGUCGUUUGUGAUAUCAUUGAGAACCACCUGAAUCUGUCUCUCCAAGUACUCUAGUGUAUGAGAUGAUGUCUUGUACACCACCUUUUUUGUUAACGCCACACAUGUAAAUCACAUGGAGUGAGAUUGGGACUUUUUGGAAGUCAUUCACGAGGUCCGCGUCCCAUCCAACAUAUUGGAAAAUGUUGGUCUAACCAUGCGCGCACAGGAUGAGCAAAAUGGGGUGGUGCACCAUCCUGCAUGAAUAUAUGGUCACCAACGUUAUCUCAGCCAGACACAGUGGGCCACACGUAAUUUUCGAGCAUCUGAAGCUAGCGGUCCACGUUCAUGGUGUCACACAGCAGAUAUGGGUCAACGACUUAAGUUGCCAUCAUUCCACACCACAUAGUGGGGUUUCCAAAGACAAAAAUUCAAUUCUUUAUGAACACUACGUACUCCUUGUGUCUUGUUAGUCCACUUUCAUGAGCUGUUGAACUUGUUGAUUUUUGCUGGCUGUGAUUAAACAUUUCCUAAUCUGUUGCCACAUUCUCUGCGAGCUUUGCAUGACAACUUUUUAUUGUCACCAGUGGAAUUCCACAUGUCAUAGCAUGGUGCUAUCUGAACUCACUCCUGAACAGUUAAACGACCGGCCGUCUGAAAAAUUAGAAAAUAAAAUAAAAAUAAGAAUUAAGACUAUAAGAAAUCCCAUUAAUGUCUUCUGUUUAAAAAUUUUUUUGCCAUGACUUCAGGAAUACUGAAAGUUCUAUAAACAAUUUCUGAUGCCUAGUUACUUUUCAUCCACCUCGUAUACUAAGCAUAGCUUCAACUUUAAAAGUAUGUCAGUAUUCAAGUUAUUCUUUGGCAAAUAUUUUGUUACGCAGCAAUAUCUUAUUUUUUCUUCUUUUUUUCCCACUUUUCUUAACCACACACUGUACCUGUUUUAAUUGUAGUUGGGCGUACUAAUCCGUUAUAUAUGUCCAAAGUAUGAAUACUCAUGUCUUUUUCUGGAAAAUAUGGUUUUCAGAAUUAAAAUUAAUCACUUGCAAGCCAAGUGUGACUUAAUUAAUGUAAUUUGUCAGUCUCACAUGGGACCAUUCAUUAAUAUCUCGUAGACAAGAAAAAGUAAUGAUGUGAGGACUCAUGCUUUAUAUUGGUUAUGUCGGGUAUAGAGAGCUUAUUUUCUUAAAUUUUUUUAUUUUCAAGUAUUUAGUGAAAAAACAUGAUCAGUUGAAUCAAUAUGUGUUUUAAGUACUUGUAUUGUGAUUAUAUUAGGAUUUAAUGUAUGGUUUUGUUGUAGUGAUUCAGGAGUUUGAAGAUGUAUAUUUUUAUGUUAAUUGUGAUUUUUUUGUGAUAUACUGUACAAUAGUUUUCAUAGAUAUUUAUCAUUCAGGGGUAGUAGAUGUGUUAAGUCGAGUGUUGUGCGUAUACUUUUAUUUUCCUAGAUUUCCAUGAAUGUCUUUUGGGGUCAUCAGUAAAAAGUUAUGCAAAA